CGAGUUUAACAGUGGGGAGUUCAUGGCCGGUGCUGAUUGCUGUCCCAAUGGGCGUGCUCUUGCAAUGCGAGAAGAGGAGUGGGUGCAGUGGAAGUCGAAUUAGCGUUGGUGUGUGCGUGCAUUUCCAAUUAAAGCCAUGCAAAAAACUAUGCAAUAUUGCACCCCCUAUUUAACGAAGGCCACUCCCAGAUCUGUAUUUGAUGGCUAAUGAUGGCUAAACACUGAAGCAUGGUUCGGUCGAGAGGGAGCCAAGCAGACCAAAAGACCCAGGGGCACGCUGACGUGGAAGCCAAUUUUGCCGGUCCUUCUGGGACCAGGGGCGAGCGACACUGGACGUCCACUCGACCGAGGUGUGCGCGACCAUUGGAGAUUCAAGAUCCUGGUGCGACACGAGGCCCAGACACGCGCGCAUUGCUAUGCAAGACCGACCACCCGUCCGCCAGGGAUCGUGAAGACACGGGAGACCCCACCGGAGGGCCGUUGUCGUGUGAGACUGACACUCGUCCUAGAGGUGGCUGGACCACGGCGGGUGAAGUGAUGGAUGGAGGGGGCACCCUUCUGCACGCCGCGGCUCUGGAACAGAUGGACGGCAUCGUAGCAGGUGCCGCAGACUCCAAAGAGACGGAGGUGGGGGCGCCGGGCGGCCACGGCAGCUGGGCGCUGGCGAGCAGGAACGACGGCGGCGGCGGCGAGGCGCCGUGGGACGGGCUGCAGGUGGUGCACCUCACGGAGGAGCUCUGCCAGCGGCUCGAGCGGCUGGGCAGCCAGGAGGAGCGCGAGGGCCUCCGCAGGCAGCUGCCCCCAGGCACCGUGAGGGCGCUGCUCGGCUGGCUGCACGCGAGCACGAAGAACGGGCAGCCUGGGUCGGAGGGCGAGGACUACCAGGAGCGGCUCUCCCGUCUCGAGGAGGACCGGGAGUCACUCGUGCUGCAGGUGAGCGUGCUCACCGACCAGGUGGAGGCGCAGGGGGACAAGAUCCGAGAGCUCGAGUUCUGUCUGGAUGAGCACCGCGAGAAGCUCACCGGCACCGAGGAGAUGCUGCAGCAGGAGCUGCUCGCUCGGAACAACCUGGAGACGCAGAAGGUGGACCUGGUGACGGAAGUGUCCUCCCUCAAGCUGAAGAUCACCGCCAUGGAGGUGGAGGACGCUGGAGAGGCACGCCCGGCUGACCGAGAGUGGGUGGAGGGCCUGGUGGGCACCUUGCGGCUCCAGAUGAGCCGCCUGGAGGAGGAGGUGGUCUCCGUGCAGCGCGAUGCGGGCGCAGCUCCUGCCCAGGUGUUGCUGGGCGAGCUGGGCUCUCUGCGGAGCCGCGUGUCGGAGCUGGAGGAGGAGAAGACGAGGUGUGAAACGAAACUCAGCAGCACCGCGGCAGAGCUGGCGGAGCUGCGGGAGCGUGUGGCCACGAAGGAGCGGGAGAUCGAGAUGCUGCGGCUGGAGCUUGCGUCGCGGCCGCCCGACGCCGUCGUUGCUGCCGCGUGCAAGGACGAGGAAAUUCAGAAGAUGAAGAGUGCCGUUGAGUCACUGCUGCAGUCCAUCGAGGAGAAGGACCGCAAGAUAUCAGAGCUGCACGAGGCUUUGGAGGCCUAUAGAGAGGCAACAGAAUUGGGGGGUCGCCUUGCCCCCCGCGACCGAGGCAGGCCCUUCCCCCCGGCGUCAGAGGCGGCCGAGGUGUCAGAGCCUUCUCAUCCGACCUCCCGAGCCAUACGCGACCCCUCGCCCUACGACAACAGGUCUCCCUGCCGGCACAGGUCCAACAGCCUGGAGAAUCUGCGGACCGAGUCCGGCGAUAAGUGUGUUGUUUGGGAGCCAAUGGUGCCGCAUCCUGCCGACAAGGCGAAGGCCGGCGCCAACGGUUCCAAGUACCAGACGUUGCCGGCGCAGCGAGUCAGCGGGACCCCCUCAUGGGGCCCACUGGGCCAGUCGCCACGGAAGCUCCGCACCACCGCUCAGCACGACGGAACCUACUCCUACCACGGGUCCGACAGCAGCCUCGAUCGUCACCGGAGUGCGAGCGCGCCUACCCUAGGCGAGCCCAACGGUUACUCCCCGGGGUCACGCAGCGGCUCCGAGCGGGGUCAGGGGUCGCCACCCUCCGCAGGGGUCGGGGUGGCACCCGCGUCGCCGCCGCCCUCCGCACGCGACGCUCGCAAGAAGGGCAAGGGCCUCCGUCGCCUCUUUGGGAGGCUACGACGCACGCAGUCCGCGGGCCUCACGGGGGAAGUGGGGGGCCCAGAGAAGGAGUUCCGGCGGGGGGGGCUGCGCGCCACCGUAGGCCCCUCGCUCGGCUGGCCCCGGAACCUGCCCAGGGCGGGCAGCAGGGAGCUGGAGACCCCGUUCGCCAGCUGGGGUGUGGAGCAGGUGUGCGGCUGGCUGAGCGAGCUGGGCCUGGGCACAUGCGUGGGCCUGGCGCGGCAGUGGGUGGUGCGAGGGGACACGCUGCUGCGGGCCACGCCGGAAGACCUGGAGCGGGAGCUGGGGCUCAAGAACCCCCUGCACAGGAAGAAGCUCACGCUGGCGCUGCAAGCGCUCGGCUCCGGAGAGGCAGUGGGGACCGAUGCCCUGCACCACACCCGGGUGACGCGCUGGCUGGACGACGUUGGGCUGCCCCAGUACAAGGAGCAGUUCCAUGAGGCACGCGUGGACGGGCGGAUGCUGCACUACAUCACCACGGAGGACCUGCUGCUGCUCAAGGUCACGAACCUGCUGCACCACCUUAGCAUCAAGCGUGCGGUGCAGGUGCUCCGACUCAACCACUUCCAGCCGGACUGCCUCAUCCGCUCCGCCCCGGAGGGGAAGUCGUCCACAACUGGAGUCUACCGCUGGUCCAACCAGCGGCUCAUGGAGUGGAUGAAGCAGAUCGACCUCGCCGAGUACGCGACCAACCUGCGUGGCAGCGGCGUUCACGGCGGACUCCUGAUCUUCGAGCCGCGCUUCAGCGUGGAGACGCUGGCGAGCCUGCUGAGCAUCCCGCCCGGCAAGACGCUGCUGCGCCGACACCUGAGCACCAGCUUCAGCCUGCUGGUGGGCCGCGAGGCGCAGCGGGCCAAGCGCGAAGUUAUGGACACGGCCCACUACUCCCCGCUCUCAACCACCGCCAAGGUCAAGCCCAAGCGGCUGGUGUUCGCGGCGCUGGGGGGCGGGCGGCGCCGCAAGGGGGGGUGCUCGGGCGGUGGGGGGGGCUCGACGGGGAUCCCGGAAGAACCGGAGGAGCUGCUGUGUCCCCUGGAGCUGGGCCGGACCGACGGAGACCCGGAGCGGAGCAGCAGCCCGGAUCCGGACUCCCGCGACGGCCUCGCCCAGCCCUGCCUGCCCCGGGUGAAUGUGUCGGAAGGGACUGUCAGGCAGAUAGGCGCCUUCUCGCAGGAGCUGAUCAACCUCACCAGUCUCCUGGCGGAGGACGGGGCCUCCACGAGGCCCGGCCGGGCAAGGCCUGGCAGCGGGCGCUCGAGCUGGGACCCCCCUCACAAGUGACGUCCAGCGUGGGCCCCCCACCGCCAACCUCGCCCGCUCGGCCGCUCGCCCGCUCACCUGCAGGCCCGCUCACCUGCCCGCCGGCCCGCUCACCCGCCCGCUCGCUGGGUUAGACAGCUGCUGCUGAUUGCUGCUGCGGUCGAAGACUUCUUAAGGCGUCAAGAUCGGCUCAAAGCCUGAGAAGCCCAAAUGACAAUACCUUGAGAAAGAUCGGCCCAAAUCCGGGCCGCCAGGUACGCGCGGUUUUCCGGCGUCGAGCGUCAAAGAUUUGCAGCGGAAAAAAACAACUUGGCGUGUACGGUCGAUUCGUCGGUCUAAAAUCAAAAUCAACUCUCGACGUUCGUGCCACACGCUCCGCCGAAUCGCUCAUGUUUUAUUUUCGGUUCUUCGCAAUGCGUUCACACCUGUUAUGCCCCAUCCCCCACACAGCCCCCCAACUAGCCACUGAAGGCUGAUGGGGAAUUAAAUGGCGAACCCCAAGCAAUGACAAUUCAUGGAAUCACAAAGUUAUGGGUGGGAGGGGGGGUACGAAUCUUGGACCUGCUGCUCUGUUCCGGCAGUCUUGUCCGGAACACGCGCGGUGAGAGGUAAAUUAUUGCGAGAACGCUGUAACACCUAUUUAUGUUGUGUGGACGUCCGUUGUGUCUGUGUUUUUAAUUUCAUAAAUAACUAUCCACCAGCCAGCCACGCGACUCAGCGGUAGGGGUUGCGUGAUCCAAUUCUGGCUGCGGGGUUAACUCAUCCCACAUCAUCAUCCCUCCGCGGUCGGUAAAAUGAGCACCACUCUGUGGGGAAGAUCAACAAGGGUUUGUCUGACGGUCAAGACUCACCCCCGCCACAGGCGUGUGCAAUUUCUACCGCUGGCUCAGGGCCUGUAAAGCAGGGGGAUGGGCACCAACGCCGCGGUGCUCAUACGAGCAGGAAAUCGCUUGGACCUUAAUUUAUUUUUGCGAGAGAUUACUUCAGGUGACUUGCACGUGGACUUACAGGGUAAACGGCCGUCGUGUUGGCCGCUCGACUUGCAAAGAAUGCGGCGCAACGUGACCUCGGUGGGUUUAACGGAUUCCCAGCCGACAAGAUGAAAGUGGAUUACAUUGAGCUACCAACGAUCACAACCACGAUGACAACGACAUCAUGGCAUGUUAAACAAAAAAAA